CUACUUUACUAGGAUUGGCAGACAAGCCUCAAAUAGACGACGAAACGUUCCCCGUACGAUUUUCAGCGUGCUCGUUCACGUCUUACCUGAACGCGCCAGCCAUUGAAAUUAGUCUGGACUUGUGAGCAGAAAAAAGCACGGCAAGUGACUGACCAGAAGCAGCACAAAUGGCAGAGUGGAAUGCCUAUUACAAGAAUGAGGAUGACGAGGAAGACCAAGAGGAAGGAGAGCUAUCUGGAGGAGAUUACAAGAUUACAGGGAGGGACAGUUUGGUCUUCUUGGUGGAUGCCUCAAAGGAAAUGUUCAUCAAAGGAGAAGACGGAGAGCCCUCCAACUUUGACAUGACCAUGCAGGUCGUGCGUAGUGUGUACACCAGUAAGAUCAUUAGCAGUCACAGGGACCUGGUGGCGUUGGUUUUCUACGGCACAGAGCAGAGCAAAAAUCCCAGGAACUCUUUCAAGCACGUCUACGUAUACCACGACCUCGAUGAACCCGGUGCAAAGCGAGUGCAGGACGCGGACGCUCUGCGGGGGUCAAAAGGUGCCCAGCUAGCAGCAAAGACCAUGGGCAGCAGCGAGACGUCACUAGGCGACGCCCUGUGGUGCUGCGCCAACCUCUACAGUGACAUCAAGCUGCGCCUCUCGCAAAAGCGGCUCAUGAUCUUCACCUGCAGGGAUGAGCCACACGGGGGUGACAGCGUGAAGGACCGACAGGCUCGUACCAAGGCCAAUGACCUCAAAGAGACCGGUGUCACGAUUGAUUUAAUGCAUCUGAUGAAACCGGGCGGCUUCAAUGUCGCGUCCUUCUUUCGUGACAUUGUAAGUCCACCUGAGGAUGAGAGCGAGUUGGGGCUGCAGCUGGAGCCAUGUGCCAAACUGGAGGACCUCCAGAAGAGGGUGCGGGCCAAGGAGCAGAAGAAGAGAGCCAUGGCCAGGUUGAACCUUUGUCUCGGUGAGGGCAUAAAUGUAGCUGUGGGAAUUUAUGCAACUGCUGUGAGCGCUCGGAAACAAGCUCCCGUCAGACUUUACAGGGAAACCAACGAGCCAGUCCGCAGCAAAACCCGAACCUUCCACACCCAGACUGGCAGCCUGCUGCUGCCCAGCGAGAUAAAGAAAGCCCAGGUUUACAGUAAGAAGCAGAUAGUGAUGGAGAAGGACGAGGUGGACGCCAUCAAGAAGUUUGACGAUCCUGGAUUGGUUCUGAUCGGAUUCAAACCGAUGGAGAAGCUCAAGCGUCACCACCACAUCCGACCUGCUGUUUUCCUCUACCCCGAGGAGGACGAGGUGAAAGGCAGCGCAUGUCUGUUCUCUGCCUUGCUGACUAAGUGUAGCGAGAGGAACGUGUUCGCACUGUGCCGCUGCAUCGCUCGCCGGAACUACCCGCCUCGAUUUGUUGCCCUGGUGCCUCAGAAAGAGGAGGUGGACGAGGGGAAAGCGCAGAUCACACCACCAGGUUUCAACGUCAUCCAUCUGCCAUUCGCUGAUGACAUCCGCACUCUGGAUCCUCCCCAGUGUCCAGUGGCCUCCCAAAUACAGGUGGACAAGAUGAAGGAGAUCGUCUCCAAGCUCCGCUUCAAAUACAGGAGUGAUGCUUUUGAGAAUCCAGUCAUCCAGCAGCAUUACAGGAACCUGGAGGCCUUGGCUCUGGAUAUGAUGGCUCCCGAGGACAUGGAGGACCUCAUCAUGCCAAAGGUGGACCAGAUUGAUGGCCGCCUGGGUCCUUUGGUUGAUGAGUUUAAAGAUCUGGUCUACCCUUUUAACUACAACCCCGAUAGCAAGCCAGCUGCCAAACGCAAAACAGCUGGUACCGGAGGCGGAGCUGAGAAGAAGCCCAAAGUGGAGAUCCCAGAGGACGAGCUGCGUGCCCACAUGCAGAACGGCACCCUGGGAAAGCUGACCGUGCCCGUGUUAAAGGAGGCCUGUAAGCAGUUUGGGGUUCGGACCACUGGGACCAAGAAGCAGGAGCUGAUAGAUGCCCUGACUGAGCGGCUGGGCUCAUAAGGAGUUUAGUAUACAACUCAGUGCCUUUAAUGAGCAGGCAACCCUGUUCAGAUCAGAUCAGAAAUGUCUUCAGACACUGUGCACACAGCAAGUUCUGGUCCAUUUUGUGAUCCAUUUUAAAACCAGGAAAUUACAUUUACCCUGUGAACUCAGGGACCGACCAGAACACUGUGUGCAGUGUUCAACCAAAAAGGUUUCCUGUUGUGUAUGUCAAGAUUAAACCUCUUGCUUUACCCUUUUUUGUGUACAAGUGUACAAUUCACAUACAGUCAUAAAACAUACUGUAACUAGUGAUGCCACUUGUUAACAACCUUUCAUUUGCAUUAAUAAAACCAAAAAAACUUGUACA